AUGAUAAAAUCUAAAACCAAUAAAUCUGGAAGGCCACCAAAAAUGCCAUAAUUAGAAGAAAUUGAAGAUGAUAACUAUAUAGCUACAAAUAAAUUUGCUUUGUAAAUGAUGGAAAUUUUCUCAUCAUAUGCUAAUUAUAAGUUAUUAACAAUAACAGGUCCAAGUGGCAAAAAAAAUAAUGAGUAAAUGAAUGAAAGGAGAAAAAAUGUAGAAAAAAAUUAAAGAAAAUUAAGAGAAAACCUUAAAAUUUAGGAAGAUUAUACUUUUUUCUUAAGAGAUUUAGAUAAAUCUAAUGUACAAUAUGAACUUAAAAAUGAUGAAUUAGUUGAAAAAAAUUAGUUUUAACUUAAUUAUGAAGAAUUUAGUACUUUGAAUAUAAGAAAUGAUAUUUUACGUAGUAUUGAAUUAGUAAGUAAUUAAUUAAAUACAACUCUUUAAUAAUUUUUGAUUGAAUUUGUAAAGUAAUUUAUACAAUUGUAAAAUGAUUAAGAGAAGUUUAAAGUAGAGUUUUUUGAUUAUAUAAUAAAUAACCCAGAUUAGUUUUAAGAAUUAAUAAAUUGGAGUUAAUUGUAUGAUGAGGCAUUUGAGGAAAAAAGAGAUUUCUUAAAAUUAGAAGUUGAAUUGUUUAAAGAAAAAUUUACGCUUAGAGGAUAAGAUUAAUUCAAGAAGUAUAAAGUAGAUGAAAAAAGAGAGGCUUAAUUGAAAUUGGAAUAGGGUCAUAUUUAAAAAUUAGAAAAAUACGUUGGAGAACACAGAUCAUUAAAAUUAUUUAUUGAGGAAUUAACAGAGACAUUUGAUAAAUUUUGUAAAUGA